CUAACCAAACAGGGUUAGAAAUGAGUAAAUUUGAUUACUGCUCCAUCCUGCUUUGUGGAUCCCUCAUUAUCUGCCGAGUUUACCAUGUAAUCCACAGGGGGUGGCUGUGGUCAACGUGGUUCAAUAGGGGCCCAAGUUCUCUGUAUACUGAAUCUGCCUGCAACCCACAUACCAUACCUUAACAAAUGCCAGUAUGGUGAGGCAGGUCUCUCCCUGAUUGCCACAUCCAUAUGGGUAUAUGGCAUGAGUUUUCAAUUUUCGUGGUUACCUUAGCGAUUGUGUUGUCAAAAUUUUGGCCAUCAUUUUUUAUUUUUUUCUCCAGAAAACAUACCAUAUCUUCUAAUUCUUUUGCUAUCAUUGCUGUUGUAAGAUCCUUUUUUCCUUCGAUGCUACUAGGGGUGUAUAUUAUAUACGACCUUAAAUUCUCAAUUUGUACUUUAGGUACUUAAUGUUAGAGAAAGGCUUGGGUCGCCUAUAUGGAAAUUCACAAUAAGCUAUCCAGAAAGUUCUGUUUUACAUAGUGUUUCAAAACUCAGAAUCGGCAUCUGAAUCACUUAGGAUCAAGGGCCACAACCCUAUAAAGGCUUGGGUGCCAUCAUAGUCCAGCAGUAUGGCUCUGCUCUUAGCCAUUGAGUAGGCUGAAAAAAUGGCAUCUAUGGAAAGCUUUCUGAAAUUAGUAUCAAGGGCCACAACCCUAAAACCGAAACUCAGCCCCAUGAGCCACAUCAUGGGUACUUACAUACCUGUAAUGCUUUUCAAGCAACAGAUUAAAAUGUUGGCAUUUUACAUCCCUUUUUCUUUUCAUUUACUAAUCUAUGAUUUAAUUUUUUUCAUUCAUAAUACAUUAAUUAUUCUAUUUGUUGAGAUUGGAAAGGAUGUUUGAUUAUAUUAUGUAGGUAUUUCAAAGUUGAGCUACCUGAGCUUAAGCAAAAUGGUGAGACCUAAGGAUAAAUUUUGGGAACAUGUAGAGCAACGUGGUUUGGGUCGUUUCACAUAUAACUAUUGUGGACUUAAUUAUUUUGGGAGUAUUUCAAGAGUGAAGGCUCAUUUAGCUUGUCAAUCUGGACACGAUGUUCAAAUUUGCACCCAAGUUCUCGAGCACAUUCAAGCUGAUGCCCUGGCAGAAUUUAAUUUGAGUAGAUCUACUAAGAAAGGAAGGAGUGAUUCUCUUGAAAGUGGAAUGGGUUCCACAAGUAGCACACAUUCUAUGCCUCAGGUUAGGAGUACACAUCAACCCACAAUGGUAGAGAUGGCUGUUAAGCAAGACAAGAAGUCAUUGGACAUGUUGGUAACUGAUUUUUUUGUCAAUAAUAACAUUUCCUUUAAUGUUAUUCCAACAAAUUCUUUUAUUAAGAUGCUAAGGGGUGCAUGUGCAUAUGGUACAAGUUAUGUUGUACCUAGUUAUAGCAAUCUUCAGACCAGUUUGAUUCCUAGAAAAAAGCAGAAAUCAUGUAAUAUGUUAGCAACAUAAAGGCGACAUGGGGUAUCAUAGGUUGCACAAUUAUGUCCGAUUCUUGGACUGACAUAAAGAAGAGGUCGUGGGUUAAUGUGAUUGCUUACUCCCCUGGGGGUGCUAUGUUUUUGAAAUGUAUUGAGUGCGGUAUAAAUAGAUUAACUUCAACAUUUCUUUUCAAUGAAAUUUCUGAUGUCAUUGAAAAAGUUGGACCAAACAAUGUUGUGCAAUUUAUUUCAGAUAAUGGUUCUAACUUUUGUUCUUGUGGUGAUAUAUUGGCUGGAAAAUGGCGUCAUAUAUAUAAAACAAAUUGUGCUGCCCAUGGGAUUAAUCUGCUUUUGAAAGAUAUUCACAAAAAAGUUAAAUGGGUGAGGGAAGUUAUAGAAGAUGGAAAACUUGUAGUGGAUUAUAUUCACAGGCACACAGGUAUUGUAGCAUUGAUGAGGAAAUUCACCAACAAUAGAGAUAUCAAGCAGCCUUGCAAGACAAGGUUUGGUACUUAUUUUUUUAUGCUGCAGUCUCUUAUUGUUGUUGAGAAUGAGUUGAGGCUUUUUGUUGCAUCAUCUGAGUGGAGAGCCUUUCAAUUCAAUAGAGCUGAAAUGGCAGUGAGAACUGUUGGGAUAAUUCAAUCAGAUAUAUUUUGGGACGGGGCAAAGGAAGUUGUUGCUUUCAUGGAGCCACUUAUUCGUAUUUUUCAUCUUAUUGAUUCAGAUGGUUCUACCGCAGGUUACUUAUAUGAAGCAACAGAAAGGGCAAAAGAAACAUUGUGAAAAUUUGUGGAAAAUGAUGGAGGGAAGUAUUUCGCCAUAAUGGACUUGUUUCAAUUUAGAAUUUAUUAUGGACAUCAUGGUUCCUUUAGAAGAUCGUGAGCAAUUCAUGCAAGAAGUCAUUGAUUAUUGUAUGAAAAAUCCAUUGUUGUUUAAUAUGACAGGGCAGACAAUGAUGAAAAUUAACCAUCCAAGGAUUUGGUGGCAAUUUAUUGGUAGUGCAUUUUCUGUGCUUCAAAAUAUUGCUUAUAGAAUAUUGAGUCAGCCUUGUAGUUCCUCUCCUUGUGAGCGUAAUUGGAGUGCUUGGGAUGCAGCACAAACAAAGAAAAGAAAUAGAUUAGCCCCAGAGAUGCUAGAAGAUUUGGUGUACAUCAGGAUGAACUCUAUGAUGAGGGAGAACUAUGAAAGCCAACUACAUAAAGAUUCAAGGCCUAUUGAUUUAGACAAUCUUGCUGACUUACCUAUAGUAGAUUUUGAGCUUGAUAUAGAGAGGCUUGAGCAGACGUACGAGGAACCUGAACCAUCUAACACUGAAGUUGAUGGAGGAUCUACUUCAUAUAGUUUAAUGCCUCCUCAUUGAUCUUCUUUUUUUUUAUCAUUGAUCUUUGGACCUGUUAUAAUGAUACUGAGUUCUUUAGACAUCUUGGAUGAUAUGGAUGGAUGAAUUUUUAUUUUAUUUUAUUUUUUAUUUUGGACA